GGUUUUCAGACAUUUUUUGCAAAUUUAUCCAGAAUAAAAUCCAGAAUAUUUCAUAACCAUUGUUAGCAAUAAAAAGUUUAAAUUUAUGGUUGAUUAUUCUACGACUAGAAACUUUUUAGUGGCCCUAAUCCUCUUCGUAUUCCCGUUAUCUAUCCCACAGAAGAAUCUUAAAGAGCAACUUGUACUUUUAUUAGAGUUACAUUUGACCACGGUACUUUGACUCAGGUAUCUGGCACUCAGUGUAUUGGGCCAGAGCCAAGCUUUUAUUUUGAAAAUUACAAGCACAGGGUGCGGCUGAGUGGCAGCAGCCUGGACUCGGCUACAGUCUAUGCUCGGCUCCGGAGCGACAAGGUUUCGGAAUGCAUCUGUAAACUCAACAUACUCAACACAAUCUCCAAGAGUGGCUCGAGAUCAUACAGUCCAUGCUUAAAAUACACACCUGAGAGAACACAGUGAGAUGUGUCACUCCGUAGUUUUUUCGUGGAACCAGAAGCGCUGUUAUUUUACACAAGACUGUGGAGUCAAAUUUUUGAGGACAUUGUUCUUACGAAGAAUACGACAACAAAAAUGUGUCGUUUUUUAUUUUUGCGGGAAAAGUGUUAAAGCUUUUAUUUCAUAGUGUUGUCAUUUUAAUGAUGUUUUUUUUAGCUCAUUUUGCAUUUUAUCCAUUUCGCUGCCUCGAAGAACCUGAUGAAUUACGAUUUGUCUUUGUUAAACUAACAGAUCUGCAAAUUAUUACAGUAUGAAACUAUCAAAGAAUGAAAGAAGAAUUGUUUCGAUCAAUGCAGCUGGCUUACAAAGAUGUUAGCAGUAAGUAUGUAUUUGCUAAUCAAGAGAUUAAGGUCGUUUUCAGAGCAGUUAUGUUGUGUAUCUACCACUAUUGAACAAAUAUUGACAUAAACCCGCAUGUGACUCCGAGGAUGCUAAGACAAUGGUCAAAGAAUGGACGACAGAGUGACUCAUCUUCUCAGCUUUGGAACAUCAGGUCCGGGUUAGGCCACGCCCCCUGAUUCGUACAGUGUGGUAAAGUCUCCCAGCUCCCACCUGGACUAAUACUGAGGUGAAAAUGAGUCUACCGGACCUAAAGUCGUCUUCAAAACACUCUACAUCCACAGUAAGAGAAAAUCUUUGAUAAAACUGUAGUUUUUGUGAAGAGUUGAGAGCUUUGUUAAAGUUUUUACAAACUUCUUGAAGCAGGAGGAUGGAGGCGCAGCGAACGGUUGAGAAAAUGUUCCCAUUUGCACACAUGGCUGCUAAGUAUCGCCAGUAGAUAUUGCCUUUUUUUUUGUCAGUUUACAGAUCUAAGUUUGUUUUAUAAGUUUGAACUGUCUAACCAGCGGCAUGUAGCGUGAGAAAACUUUAAGGAGAUUAAAUAAAAAAUGUCGGAGUUUGGUGUUCGUCACGGAUAAUGAACUCCUGGAUUGUAUAUUAGAAGGAAACAAACUCUAAAGCUUCCCGGAGUCUUUAGACAGCUGUUCUAGGUAAAAGCAGGUGUUUCCUCUGACUGCUGGUACAGUGGGAGGUUAAGUCAUGAAGAAACUGUAUUUAGUCCAGUAAAAUAAAAGCACAUUUAUUGAUCCAAAGUUACACUCACCUCUUGAUUAAAACAAAUGAAUGUGUAAUUGUAAGCUCUGUUGUUUGUAACAUAAAAUUUGCUGCAGGUGCGAAUGCAGGCUGAUGCUAAACAACACAUUGACACUGUUUUUUUUCUCAUUCUGCUCUGAAUAUCUUCAUUGUUGUCUACUUUAGACCAUAACAACUAUUGUGAUUUUGUGCUAUAAAGGUUGAUUGAUUAAUUGAUUGAUUGUGAAACACACGUUUAUUUAGAUCCCUCAUGUAUUUUGGAUCUGAACCACUCAACCAGCAGCAGGGUUUUAAAAUCUUUCCUCCGACAGCGUACUGGACGGAUGUGGCCCUUUUUCUUGGACUUGAAGACUCAGGUAGCUGCAGGUUCUGAAUCAGCUGCAGCUGGAGGUUUUAGAGAGACCUGCAGAGUUGCUCUCUGUCCAUUAUUCCAAAUGUGCACAAAAAUCUUGAACAUCUAAAAAUAAAUCUGUGGAGUUUACUUCCUCUCCUGUAAAUCUGCUGCUGUAGGAGGACUUAAGAAAUAUUGGACAGGUGUUGGCAGAUAGCAGAGAUGUGUGGUCUUAUUAUCCUGAACAAACCAGUGUGUGGGAGUAAGUUUACAAGUACCAAACCAAACAAUAGUGUUCUUUUAAGAGUGGUACAAACUGUAGAUAAUGGAGAUAUCUGAGUCGUGUAAAAGUGCCUCAAAUUUGUACUUAAAUUCACUGAUCAAAUAAAUAAUACACCCAGUCUUUCUACCUCUGCCCAUUUCUGCUGAAAACUAUAAAUAAACUGCACACCUUUGAUCCAGGUGGUUAAAAGUAAGAAGGCAAAGCCCCAUUAAGAAUGACUGAAUUGAUGAUGUUUCUUCUCAGCGCUCUGGGGUUGUGCAGCUGAAUGUCGGAGGUCAUCUGUUCACGACAUCUCUGAGUACACUCAAGAAACACCCGGACUCCAGGCUGGCUGAGAUGUUCAGCAAACAGCCUAAAGAACACAUGGACGCACAGGGACGCUACUUCAUCGACCGCAACGGCUCACACUUUGGAGCCAUCCUUGAGUUUCUGAGGUCUGAUUGGAUGCCCACAGACAAUAUCAAAGAGGUCUGGAUCCUGUCAUUUGAGUCUUUAUAACAUCUGUAUUAACCACUGAUGGAGCACUUGCUGACGGACUGUAUGCAUGUGUGUUCUCAGGUCCACAGGGAGGCGGUGUACUACAACAUCAAACCGCUGAUCAAACGUCUGGAGGAAACUCCUCAGCUGUUUGGAGAGCUGGUGGCGAGGCAGCAGUUCCUCUCCAGAGUCCCUCACUACAAAGAAAACAUCGAGGUCAGCUGAACUUCACCAAACACUUAAACGCUCUCCCCUCUAACCAAACAGGAAGAAGCUACAACUUCAAGGUUCAAGAGACAAAGCAAAUUUGUGUAGGGUAACACAAUCUUAGCUGUGCACCGUUGAGUAUGAAUGAAAAAAGUUCCUGAGAGGAGCUUUAAAUUCUGAGGGUUGUAGAUAAUUUAGAAUAUGAUUAUAGAUCAAGAAUAUAGCCAGAGUCCGCCUGUUUCAGCACAGAGGUGCCAAUGCAUGCUUUUAUCUCCGCACGUUUAGAUUAUUGUAAUGCCCUGCUCUCUGGCCUCCCCUAGAAGAAUUUACAUACCCUUCAAUUAUUACAAAAUUCAGCUGCAAGAGUGCUGACGUGGGCCAGAGGGCGAGAGCCAGUUUUAGCAUCGCAACAUUUGCUCCCUGUCUGUUUCAGGAUUGAUUUUAAGGUUCUUUUAUUAUUUUUUAGACAUAUCAAUGGUCUUGACGUCUCCUAUUUAUCUGACUUUCUUUUACCAUAUCAGCCCUUACGGAUCCUGAGGUCCUCUGGCACAAACCUUUAAAUCUUACCCAAAGUUAAAACAAAAACACACGGGGAGGCGGCUUUCAGUUUUUAAGGUCCCCCGGUGGAACAGCCUGCCGGAGAGCCUCAGGGCCGCAGAGACUGUUGAUGUUUUCAAGAAGAGUUUCAAGACUCACCCUCUUCACAAGGCAUUUACUAACUGCCUUUUAUAUUUCUCUUAUUGCAAAUGUUCAUUUUUAUCAAAGUUCUUAUUGUUCAUUUUGUGUCAUUUUAUUAAUUAUCUCUGUUCUCAGUCAUUUUCUUAAUUCUCAUCAUAGAGGGUUUUUUUUACUUCUUUUACCCCUUUUAUAUGGUAAAGAGCUUUUACUCAUCUGUUCAUUUAAUAUGAUUUUCUUGUUUUAUUUCAUCUUUUUCUCACUUUCUUUUUUUAUCUUUUAUCUCCAGUGUUUCCCAAAGGUAGCCCUCAAGUAAUGUCUUGGUGUCAGGCCAUGCCUCUUUAACAAUAUAUCUUAAAUUCUCACUUUGUGUGCACUUGUGUGUGUAUGUGUGGGUGAGUGCGCGUCUGUGGGUGGGAGGGUCAGGUUUAUAUUGUUGUUUAAUUGUUGUUUUAAUCCUCUGUGAGGUACUUUGAAAUACAUCUUUUUGUCUGGAAAAGUGCCAUAUAAAUAAAGUUGAAUUUGAAUUUGAAUCAUAAAAAUCAGAAUCCCAGUAUCUCCAAAAUUAUAUGAACGUUUCCUCAGACCAGUUAAGACAAGGAAUCAAAAUACAAACACCUCCACCCUCUAAAAAGUGUGUUCAAUGAAUUCAUUCAAUACUCAGUCCGGGCUGAAUCAACACAGACUGAAAGUUCCUCACUGGAGCUUUAAGUAGCUGAUGGGAAAUGAAACUUUCCUCCUGUAGCAAAAAAUAAUAAUAAUCUUGUACCGUGUCUUUUCUUUCAGGUGCUGAUUCGUAUCGCCAGAGCUGAAGCCAUCGCCGCCCGUCACUCCACCAUCAUGAUCUGCAUACUGCGCACGGAGGAGGAUUUUGGUCUCUAUGACAACGCCAUCAACAGCUUGGAGGCAGAUAAGGAGUCUGCAGUGACGUUUGGACCCUGGAAGGCCACUCCAUCCGUCAGCGACCUGCUGGACUGUGUAAAGAUGGACAUUGAGAGUCAGGGCUAUAACCUGAGCAUCCAGCCUCAUGUGAUGGAGAAGAGCUUCAUGUCCAAGAGCUACAACUACUUCUACAAAGUGACCUUCAGCUGGUGGUGAUGAGAGGGUCUCUCUUUUGAAGGAAGGGAAAACUGUACAUACUGUUGCAUUUAAAUUAUCACGGAUCAGACGCCUGUAGAUUUCUAAUCCAGGUAAAACAGUAAAGGCUUUUAUUUCAAAGGUGUAGACACAAGGCGUCAGUUUGGCAUCUGUAUAUAAGGAGAUGUAACUUUAUAAACGUUUAUGUAACGUUUGCUGUCAGGGAAAUCUUGUUUCGUUAAAAACUAUCUAUCCUCACUAAGUUUAGGAGCAGGUUGUGCAAUAAAGUCCUACUGUGUCAGCAUUA